GCGAGGGAAGAAGUAGCGGCCAUUAGGGUUUGAGUUUGGGGAAAGAAUCCCAGUUUAGGGGUUUAGGUCGGAGCACUCCAGCUCGUUCGCCGUCGGCCGGCGCCGCGUCUGUCAUCGAAUCGAGGAAUGGCGCUGGAGGUCACGCCGAUUCUUCUCAAUGCGCAGUCCGCCGAUAAGGAUGUGCGCAAGUUCGCCGAGGACAAUCUCAAGCAGUUUGAGGAGCAAAAUCUGCCGCUGUUCCUCGUCUCCCUCUCGAUCGAGCUCGCCAACAGCGCCAAGCCGGCAGAGAGCCGCCGGCUAGCGGGCCUGAUCCUCAAGAACUCGCUCGAUGCCAAGGAUGCGCAGAGAAAGCACGAGCUGGCCCAAAAGUGGCAGGCAGCGUUCGAGUGCCUGGUUUCCAUCGCGUCGACGUACUACGAGAAGCUCCAGCCUUACAUGCAGAACAUCUUCACAGUGACUUCCAAGGCUGUCAAGGAGGACAAGGAGCCAGUAGCAUUGCAAGCGAUCGAGUUUUGGAGCGCGAUAUGUGACGAGGAGAUUGAGAUACAGGAGGAGAUUACCUCGGGAUAUAGCGGAGACUCGGAGGUCCCUUACUUCCAGUUUAUCAAGAAGGCUCUUACGUACCUGGUGCCGCUGCUGCUGGAAACGAUGACCAAGCAAGAGGAAGACCAGGACGUGGACGAGGACGUUUGGAAUCUAUCCAUGGCUGGAGGGACUUGCCUGGGUCUGGUAGCCAGGACGGUGGAAGACGACAUCGUCCCGCUGGUGAUGCCUUUUAUCCAGGACAACAUUGUCAAACCCGACUGGAGGUGUAGAGAAGCUGCUACUUAUGCCUUUGGCUCCAUUCUCGAGGGUCCUUCCCUGGAAAAGCUUGCUCCACUGGUAAAUGCGGCCCUCGGGUUCCUGCUCAACGCUCUGAAGGACGAGAACAGCAGCGUCAAGGACACUACGGCCUGGACUCUCGGACGCAUUUUUGAGUUUCUCCACGGUCCGGGCGUGGAUAAGUCGGUCAUCACUACGGAGUCUCUGCCUCACAUACUCUCCUGCCUUUUGGAGAGCCUCAAGGAUACUCCGAACGUUGCAGAGAGAACUUGUGGCGCGCUCUACUUCUUGGCACAAGGCUACGAAGAAAUGCGGGGCCAACCCUCACCACUGUCUCCAUUCUACCAGCAGAUUGUAGAGGGUCUCAUCCACACAGCCGACAGGGAAGAUGCCAGUGACUCCCGUCUCCGGUUCUCAGCUUACGAAACUCUCAACGAGGUGGUGAGGUGCUCCACAGAAGAAACUGCCACCAUCGUAAUGCAGCUGAUGCCGAUCAUCAUGCAAAAACUCGACAGCACGUUUCAGAUGCAAGUGGUGUCGUCGGAUGAUCGGGAAAAGCAAGGCGAGGUUCAAGCACUCCUCUGCGGAGUCCUGCAAGUCAUCAUCCAGAAGCUGAGCGCAGCGGAGUCGACGAAAGUCACGGUGAUUCAGUUUGCCGACCAGAUUAUGGGCCUCUUUUUGAAGGUGUUCGCGUGCCGCAGUGCCACAGUCCACGAAGAAGCUAUGCUGGCAAUCGGGGCCGUUGCUUAUGCUACCGGAAGCCAGUUCGAGAAGUACAUGUCCGAGUUCUAUCGAUACUUGGAGAUGGGAUUACAGAACUAUGAGGAGUAUCAAGUGUGUGCUAUCACUGUUGGAGUGGUUGGAGAUAUCUGCCGAGCUUUGGAAGAGAAGGUUCUACCAUACUGCGACGGGAUCAUGACACAGCUCCUGAAAGAUCUCUCCAGCAACCAGCUCCACCGCUCCGUGAAGCCGCCAAUCUUCUCGUGCUUUGGUGACAUUGCUCUCGCGAUUGGAGAGCACUUCGAGAAGUACCUCAUGUAUGCGUUGCCGAUGCUCCAAGGCGCUGCGGAAGUCACUGCUCAGCAGGCUCUUCAAGACCCCGAGAUGAUCGAUUACAACAACCAGUUGCGUACAGGAAUUUUGGAGGCCUACUCUGGGAUUCUACAGGGCUUCAAGGCGACCAAGCCCGAUCUGAUGCUGCAGUCUGGAACGCACGUCUUGCAGUUCAUCGAGACGAUUUAUCGGGACGAGGACAGAGACGAGGUGGUGAGCAAAGCUGCUGUUGGUGUUCUGGGUGACUUAGCCGAUACACUGGGCACUCCAGCAGCGGGGAUGUUUCGCCAAAUCACAUUCUACAAGGAUUUCCUGGACAUGGUACAAAUGAUGGACGAUGCGCCACUAAAGGAGACUGCAGCCUGGGCUAUGGCGACCAUCAACAGGAUCCUCUCGACAUAAGAAAUCCAUCCACGGUUUUGAGAUCAGCACAGCGGUCACACACAGGUUCCGUUUUAGUUGGUUUUUUUUUCUUUCGUCCUUUUUUCUUCUGGACUUUCGUGCAUUUGCUCUGUUUUGCCUAGUGGAAGGCAAGGCAGGGGGGAGAUAUUGCUCGGCCUUCUCGGGGAAGAAAGGCCCUGCAAGAGAAAAAAGAAGAAUUUGAGAGCUGCGUUCGCUGGAGCGGAGGCCGCUUGCCAGAUCCUAGUUUGGUUGCUGCGAAUUUGAGCAGUAGCGAUUUUCUAGAGAAGAAGAAACGAGUGAGCGUCUUCCUCGUUUUCUUUGUGUACAUGGUAGGCGUUUCGCCUCGCCAGAAAGAAAAGAGUCUUUCCCUCCGCCAUGAAAGUUUGGUGGGGGAGUUUCAUAUUUUAAA